AUGGCUUCCCUAUCGACAGCAGAUGAAUCCACUCUGACGCCCGUGUUGACCUUGAAGGGCCACAAAGACACUAUUGCAUCCAUAUCCUACUUUCCAGACGGCAAGCGAAUGAUCAGCAUGUCACGCGAUAAGACCACUCGUCAAUGGGACUUGCUGGCUGAUCAGGAGAUCAAGGGGGUGCGGAAUGUUCAUAGGCAGGAAGUAAGUGCUGUGGGGGUAUCAAAGGAUGGUCGAUGGAUUGUCACUGCUAGUGGAAAUCUCAACACUGGGGAGCUCAAAGUCUGUCAGGUUGAGACAGGAAUCGUGAGAACAUCCAAAGGUCAUUCAUACAGGAUCAACUGCAUCGAUAUCUCCGGGGACAACACGCUACUGGCGUGCGGGGCAGAAGAUAAAACGGUGCGGAUAUGGAACUUGGAAACUGGCAGAUCCGUGGCUGGUCCAUUCCAAAGUGCCAAAGUUGUGGGGGUAGUUCAAUUCUCGAGGGACUCAAAGAAGCUCGCAGUCAAGCAGGGGAAUUACCUUGAAGUGUGGGAUAUACGAAUACGAUCAUUGGAUGUCAAAGGGACAUUUGAUAUGGCAGACUCCAUCUGUGCACCAGUGUUUUGGACUACCAAAGACGAAACCAUCGUAACCGCAGUCAGCGUCACACGGGGCUCCCCAUAUACGAUAUGUGAAUUGGAUGCAUCUACGCUGGUUGCUGUCGGAAUCCCCUUCGAAGGACACGCCUCAAUUAUCACUGGUCUAGCACUUUCACUUGAUUGUGCUCUCCUUGCUAGCGCUUCUUAUAACAACAUCCAACUCUGGUCUUUUGAGUCCCGCCAGCUCCUCGCCUCAUUCGAUGUUGUGUCCGUCCACCACCUUAUCCUCUCACCCGACUCGCGCCAACUAGUUUACACCACUCAGCACAAUUACAACAUCUAUUUAUGCAACACUCCUCCUGAGAUCCUUGCUAGUAUUCAGCCUGUAGCACAAGUCAGAAUCAGUUCUCCUAUAGACUUGCCCCUCACUGAUUCUUGCGCAACCUAUCUCAUCGCGAAUCAAUCCACUAAUGAGGCCCCGCCCAAUCCGCGAUACCACCUCCCCUCCCACUCCCUACUACCUCCCCCCACCAGUUUCGCCCAUCGUCGUGCAGGGCCAUCCUGGACUGACAGCUAUGCCGGAACCUCUCGCAUACAACCCACCGACAUGCAACCGCUUACUGAUAUGUGGCAAUGGCCUGCUGACACGCAGUCAUCGUCUGCUGAGAUAUGGGGGCAACAAAAUGAACCAGGAUUCCAGCCACUGCGUCAGGACACGGUGCAUUUAAAUGGAGGACCCACGGCAGAUCUUCCAAGUGCAACAAUUUCGCCUGUCAUAGUUUUUCCCCCUCCAUCGCAGGUGCCCUCUUCUACAGUAGGUCCACCUCUACCCCAGUUACGCCCCAACGCCCACGAGCUCCUUCCCUCCUCUUCCUAUAUGUAUACAGCCUUCUCUGCUCGUAAUCAUGAGCUUCAUGGUCUCCCCCCUGAAGCGAUGCUCCAAAAUCUCACAAGAUACAUCACUAAGGACGAAUAUUAUCCUACUGCUCGUGGCGGGUUUGGGGAGAUCUGGAAAUGUACCUAUCAGAUAGACCGGAGAUCGAUCAAAGUGGCAGUGAAGGCGUUGCAGAUGUACACGGCUGAUCAACUUGGUGCAACGAAGGAAAAAAAGAUCAAGAGGAUAAAGCGUGAACUCAGGAUAUGUGCCAACCUCAAGCAUGCAAAUAUUCUUCCCGUUUAUGGUUAUACGUAUGGGUUCGGCCCAUUCCUAGCGAUAGUCAGUCCUUGGGCAGAGGGUGGUAACUUGACGGUCUAUUUGGAGCGUGAGGGUGCGGCUCUUACUCUCGCAAGACGAUUCCAGCUGGCAAGUCCUCUCUUCUUAAGAGAUAUCAUAGCUGGUCUGCAAUAUCUCCAUGCCAACAGUGUCAUCCAUGGUGACUUCACUGGGCCUAAUGUGCUCAUUCACGGUGAUGGCACCGCGUGUGUUGCUGACUUCGGUCUUUCCUUGAUGUAUUCCGAGAUUAUAAGCGCUUCUCAGGCGUCCUGGACGUCCACGCUCAAAGGAAACAUGCGAUGGAUGGCUCCUGAGCUACUUGUACCAGAGCGGGAAGACGGAUCUCCGACUCGUCCGAGCGAGCAAAGCGACAUAUUUUCGUUCGGCGGUAUCAUGUUGCAGGUCCUCACGAACAAAAUCCCUUAUUAUUACCUCCCGAAUGAUGCCGCCAUCGUCCUGUGCAUAGCUAGGUCGGAAAAGCCCUCCCGAGCUCGUUAUUCUGAACUUUCUGAACAAUACUGGACGCUUAUGGAGCAAUGUUGGUCUACUGAUCCUCGGGACCGCCCAUCGACGAAGGGAGUUGAUGCGAUGAUCGGGAAUGAAUUUUACUCGCUGUCCAGAUCUCGUUGA